GGUUAUAGCUGCAUAUAAGCUGCUUGAGAUGCUCUUAGAAGCUGAUCGGCCAAAAUCCGGCCAGAAACCUCGUCCGGCGGCAUCAGCAUUUCCUCUCCCACAUUUCGCCCCGCCCUACGCCUACACGACGGCGCUGCGGCAAGCGCCGACCAAUCCAUGGCAGACGAGGCGGAGUGGAACGAGGCUGAGGCCGGGAUCGCGGCCCCGGGCGCGGGCGUGGCUCCUCCAGCGCCCGGAGGCGGCGAGGAAACCAAGAGGAAGAGGGGGAGGCCCAAAGGUAGCCUCGACACGUAUAAGAGGCGGAGGCGGAGGCGGCGCACCGGCGACCUGGUGUCGGCGGUGCCCGCGGCUAGCCUCGGGGAUAUGGGCCACUCAUGUGGCUGCAUUCCCGCUCCCCCACUCCCUCCCCCCUGCACUGUGUACACUGUACGCGACGGCGGCGUGGCAAUCACCCCUCAAUCCAUGGAGGACGAAGCGGAGGGGGUCGAGGCUGAGUCCGGGAAUGCGGGCGCGGCCUCCGCCGCCAGAGACGGCGAGGAAACCAAGCGGAAGAGGGGAAGUCCCGAAGGUAGCUUGAAUGAGAGGAACAAGGACAGGACGCCUAAGCCCAAGGCCAAGGGGAGGCGGAGGCGGCGCACCGACGACCAGACCUUGUCGGUGUCCGCGGUGAGCCUCGGGGAUCUAGGGCUCGGGGUAGCGGCGGGGACCAGGUCGAUCAGAGAGAGGAGGCCGGCGCCCAAUGCGUUCUUCGACGUGGGCAGCGACAGCGAUACUGAGCAUGAUGAUGAUGAUGAUGAGGAGCAAACUACGAUUGAUCAGGCCAAUCACGAGAGUGCUAAAACAGGUGAUUCUGUAAAGAAGGGAGGAAGACCCAGGAAAAUGGAAGCGGGCCAAUUGCAUACUAGGACGCAGAUUUCCAAUGGUAAAAGCAACGGCCAUACAAAUGGGAAUCCUGCUGGGAAGAAGAGGGGAAGGGGAAGACCCAAGAAACUGACAGUAGAACAAGCGAUUACUAGGUGCCAGUUCUCCAAUGGUGAAACAAACAAGAGUGGUGCCGAGGCAGCAAGGAGCAAACAGUCAAGGAAUCGUAGGAUUUCACAGAAUGCAAAGAAGCGGAAAAGAGAUGAAGGGAAGGAGUCUAUGACAAAAAAGUUGAACAAACGGAGUAAGAUGUUGACUGGGGAAAAUGCCCUCAUGUGCCACCAGUGCCAGAGGAAGGACAAACCACGGGUUGUCCGGUGUCAGUCAUGCAAAAAAAAGCGAUUCUGUCUGCCAUGCAUAGAACAAUGGUAUCCUAAUUUGCCAGAAGAUGAAUUUGCUGUGAAGUGCCCAUAUUGUCGCAAGAACUGUAAUUGCAAGGCAUGCCUAAGGAUGAGGGGAGUUGAAGAGCCUCCAAAAAAGGAGAUCUCUAAAGAAAAUGAAAUUCGCUAUGCUUUUCAUAUUGUAACCAUGCUGCUUCCCUGGAUGAGAGAACUGCGACAAGAACAGUUGGAGGAGAAGGAAGUAGAGGCUAAUAUACAAGGAGUUUCAAUGAAUGAGAUAAAAGUGGAACAAGCUGAGUUUGACCUAGAUGAUCGUGUAUAUUGCGAUAGGUGUAAAACAUCUAUUGUUGAUUUUCAUAGAAGCUGCAAGCGUUGUUUCUACGAUCUUUGCCUUAAUUGCUGCAAGGAGCUUCGCAAAGGUGAGAUCCCAGGAGGAGAAGAGGUGGAAUAUGUGCCACCUGAACCUAAAGGUAGGAGUUAUUCUUUUGGCAAGAUUCAUCUACUGAAGGAUGCUGAUAGAAGUAAGAACUCCUCAAAUGGCGAGUCUUACAACGGCAUGCCUGCUGUUGGGAACUCCAAUAAUGGUCUGUUGCUCUGGAAAGCAAAAAGUAAUGGUAGCAUACCUUGUCCACCAAAGGAAGUAGGAGGCUGUGGUAGUACACUUCUGGACCUCAAGUGUUUGUUUCCAGAGAAGAUGUUUGCCGAGCUAGAAUAUAGAGCUGACAAAGUUCUCAGGAGUGGGACAUUAGCUAAAGCAAUGGUUAGUAGAAGUGAUCGGUGCCCUUGCUUCAAUCAAUCAGGCAAGAUAAGAACUGAAAGCAAAUCAGUAAGGGAGGCUGCAAGCAGGAAGGGCUCAAGCGAUAACUUCCUAUACUGUCCAGUUGCUAUUGGUAUUCAAGAUGAUGACAUAGUGCAUUUUCAGAUGCAUUGGGCAAAGGGUGAGCCAGUUGUUGUUUCUGAUGUCCUUCAGUUAACCUCUGGUCUGAGUUGGGAGCCAAUGGUAAUGUGGCGGGCAUUGCGGGAAAGAUCCAAAGGCAAAGCAGAAGAUGAGCAAUUUGCUGUUUGGGCGAUAGACUGCCUUGAUUGGUGUGAGGUGGAAAUUAACAUACAUAGGUUCUUUUCGGGAUAUACAACAGGCAGAACUCAUGCUAGGACUCACUGGCCUCAGAUGCUUAAGCUAAAAGACUGGCCUCCUUCUAGUUCCUUUGACAAGCGAUUGCCGCGGCAUGGUGCCGAAUUUAUUAGCGCAUUGCCAUUUCGUGAGUAUACUGAUCCACGAUAUGGCCCGCUAAAUCUUGCAGCCAAGCUUCCUGCUGGUGUCUUGAAGCCAGAUCUUGGACCCAAAAGUUACAUUGCUUAUGGGUUCUACAAAGAAUUGGGCAGGGGCGAUUCUGUGACCAAGCUUCACUGUGACAUGUCUGAUGCAGUAAAUAUCUUAACACACACAGCUGAAGUCACUUGUCAGACUGAUAUUGGCUUAAUUGAAAAAAUCCAAAAAGACAUGAGAGAGCAAGAUCUGCAGGAACUAUAUGGGGGUCUAAAUUCCCGCUCUGAGCUCAAGUUGUCACCAGCUCCAACUGAAUGCAGGGAUGAAUCUGUUGAUGAAGGAUUGAAGACCUCAUAUAGUAGAGAAGGCAAUUGUGUAAAUAGAGACAAUUAUAAUGGUUUGGACAUCAAUGCAUUACCACCUGAUGACGAUGGAGAUAUUGCAAAGGAUAAAGAAUCAUCUCCUGGAUCAGAGUGGCAAAGUGAACUAGGUCAGAGUUCAGAUCACAACAAUGGGGUCAACACAACUGAUGAGAUGUACAAUGGAGCUCAUUACAUUUCACACAAUCAAAAAAGCACUGGCAGGAAAGUUGGCAUUAAACCUCAAGAAGAGAAAUCUGAAAAGGCUGAUUGCAGUGGCACAUGUGCUUAUCUAAAAGGAAGUUCUGAAGAUAAUCCGGAAAUGCCUAUUGUGGAGAGCUCAGAGGAGCAGAGCACCGGUGGUGCUCUAUGGGAUAUCUUCCGCAGACAGGAUUCUGAUAAAUUGCAAGAUUAUCUUAGGAAGCAUUGCUCUGAAUUCCGGCAUAUUUACUGCAAUCCAGUCAAAAAGGUAUUCCACCCAAUUCAUGAUCAGUCCUUUUACUUAACUGAGGAGCAUAAGAGAAAGCUCAAGGAAGAAUAUGGUAUUGAACCCUGGACGUUUGAACAGAAGCUUGGUGAAGCUGUUUUCAUUCCUGCUGGAUGUCCUCACCAAGUGAGAAAUUUGAAGUCCUGCAUCAAAGUUGCGCUUGAUUUUGUUUCCCCAGAAAAUGUUGGUGAGUGUGUUAAGCUGACGGAGGAGUUUAGACGACUUCCAUCUUUCCACAAGGCUAAAGAAGACAAACUAGAGGUUAGCAAUGUGCACUUGCAGUGAUCUAUCUGGUCUAUCCGAUGUGAUGGAUAUGUUUUUUUUCCAGAUCAAGAAGAUGGCUGUUCAUGCCCUGAACGAAGCUGUAAACUUCCUGGAUCCUCGUUCCUCAGAAGAGUUGAAAAUUGGGGUUGGUGAGAACAUCUGUGAGGAUGAAUCUGUAGAUGAGAAGGAGCUGCCGCCUAGAAGAGGAGUUGAAGUGUCAGGCGUUGAUGAGAAGCCUAAAUAGAAGGCGAGGGAGGCAUCAAGUCCAAAAGUGAAGCUGCUGAUGAGGUCGCCCAUUUUAGGUUCUCGGAAUCGUGGUUAAUUGAUUUGUCAAAGCCCCUGUUCAUGUAUGGUGAUCGCUGGCUGACACCGAUGGAUGAAGAGAAGCAGGACACGUGUGUGCUGCUGAUAUGUCGUGUCGGCGAGUGACAUGAAUAUCAUCCCUAUCCCUAUGGUAUUAUUGGUCGUUUAUGUUUAUGUUUGAUCAUUUGUCUUAUUCAGUUUUUUUUACAAAUAAUAAAACAAGAGGUUAAAAGUAAAUGACGUCAUUUAUUUAA